CACCAGGUGGAGACAAUGUGGAAAUCAGGAUGGUUUGGAGGCACUCACUCACAGGGCAUUGAGGAGCGAGGAGUGUGCGAAGGAACUGGUGCUUGGGAAAAGGAGACUGCAGGAUUAAAACUUGCAAAGAUAGAAGAAAGAGGCGUAGCUGACUGUCUUCCUGGUGGCCACAGUCCACUGAGACUCAAGGCAGUCAACAUGGUUCGGUGGAAGCUGCACAAUGUUUUGUUUCUCCUGCUUCUUCUCUGCAGAUCAGAUGGACAGUCUGACCGUAGACGGGGACGCCCAUCACGACCCUGGCGUGACAGAUUUACGCCAAUUGAUCGAUACUGGGACCUCCAUGACAUAGCGCAAAAGGACACAGUUAAUCCUGCUCCGAGGUUCCUUCUGCUGGCUCCAGACCUGCUGAGGACCGACAGCCCAGAGAACAUCUACUUACAAGCUUACGACGUGACCAACCCCAUCACUGUCUCCAUCUCCAUCCAGCACUUCAGCAAGGCCACCAUGCUCCUUCAGGACUCUGUCACUCUCAACCUGGAAAAUGGAUUUCAAGCUCUCAAGACCAUACAGCUUUCCUCAGAUAAUUUGGAUCGUGAUGAAAAAAAGGACAAGUUUGUGACCCUCAAAGUGAACUUUGGGGAUUUACACAUGGAGGAAAGAAUGCUGAUGGUGACUUUUCACUCGGGAUACAUCUUCAUCCAGACAGACAAACCCAUUUACAACCCCGGAGACACCGUUCGAUUCAGAGCCUUUGUGUCCUCUCCGUCUUUUAAGGCCCUUGACAAUUCCAUCACAAUAGACAUCCAGAAUCCAGAUGGCGUGGUUGUCAAGCAGGUCUCCAAGUCCAGAGCUACCAAUGGCCUCUUAGCAGAGGUCUUUCCUCUUUCUGAAUUUGUCAAUGAAGGAACUUGGAUUGUGACUGCCAAAUUUGACCACUGGCAGCAGAACACAUUCACGUCCCAGUUUGAGGUGAAGAAAUACGUGCUUCCUGCCUUCAAUGUUACCUUGACUCCCAGACAGUCCUACUUCAGCCUGGAUGACAGUGAACUAGUUGUAGAUAUUUCUGCCAGGUACCUGUACGGGGAGCCGGUUCAGGGCACGGCCUACAUUGUGUUUGGAGUGAAUAUCAACAAAGAGAUGAUAAGGUUACCAUCCGUGCAGCAGGUGUCGGAUCUGGACGCAGGACAGGCCACACUGAGUAUCGAGGAGAUCAGAAGAGCAUACCCUGACAUUAGAUCCUUAGUGGGCCAAUCUUUGUAUGUCAAGGCCUCUGUGCUCACCAAGACAGGGAGUGAUCUGGUUGAGGCUGAAAAGACUGGGAUUAAAAUUGUGCAGUCUCCUUAUGUAGUGUUCUUCAAAGACAUGCCAAAGUAUUUCAAGCCGGGCCUGCCCUUUGACUUCACAAUCCAAGUGUACCAACACGACGGUUCUCCAGCUCGUAAUGUCCAAGUCAAAGUGAAUUUGCUGGACAAACCGUUGCUUGUCGCCUCCGGCACCACCAGAGCCACUGUCAACAUGCCCAACCGUCAACACCGACAAACCAUCAUGGUUGAAACCACACAGACUGGACUGAGACCAGAGCAGCAGGCCAGACAACAGAUCAUCGUUCAGCCUUAUGUCCCCUUUAACCAGCGCAAACAAAACUACCUGUACAUCUCCACAGGAAAAAACACAGUGUCUGUUGGAGAAAUGUUCGUCCUGAGUCUUAGCAUCACCACCGCAGAGCAGAAGCAUAGAGACUUUAUCAAACACGUGACGUACUUGGUGCUCAAUAAAGGCAAAAUCAUAACUGCUGAGCGUGUGGCUGUAACGGGUCAGCUGGUCACCACCGUGAAUUUAUUGAUAACGCCAGAGAUGAUGCCGUCUUUUCGCUUUGUGGCUUUCUACUCUAUCCCCUGGACAGAACGAGAGGAGGUGGUGUCUGACUCAAUCUGGAUAGAUGUGGUCGAUUCCUGUGUUGGAGGGCUCAAAGUUGGGCCAGAGGAUGGUAUACACAGAAUCUACGCGCCAGGAAAGAGCUUUCGUUUUCAGAUCAGAGGUGACCCGGGUGCAAGGGUCGGGCUGGUGGCUGUGGACAACGCUGUGUAUCUUCUCAACAGGGACAGGCUUACUCAGAGGAAGAUUUGGGACACAGUGGAGCAUGGAGACAUUGGCUGCACCCGAGGUGGAGGCCAGAACGCCAUAGGAGUGUUCACAGAUGCAGGACUGCUUUUUUCCUCCAGUGCCGGGGUCAAAACCACAAUCAGACAAGCCCUGCGGUGUUCAGGCAGUGCCAGAAGGAGGCGCUCUGCUGAACUGUUGAAGCGUAAAGCGCAGCUAGAGAGUCACUACAAGGAGAAGCUGGAGCGUCGCUGCUGUAAAGAUGGCCUCAGGGAGAUCCCAAUGCCUUACUCUUGCACCCGACGCUCCCUCUACAUCACGGAGGGCUGGGAGUGCAUGCGAGCUUUCCGCUACUGCUGCUCCACAUACAGGGACCAGGAGUUCAACACAGAGAUACCCACCACCCCACCGCCCAUGACCACAGCUCGUCCCACAACUUUGGCUCCGAUCAUGCCCACGGCAUAUGAGAGAGUGGUGUUUGAGUCACGACCCAGAAUUGCAUAUUCUCGACCCAACUUUGGUGUGGAGUUCAUGUCGAACCCUGUGGGGUUUGGCCCACCUGGACAGCCUGGCCUACCUGGCCCACCUGGCCCACCUGGACAGCCUGGCCCACCUGGACAGCCUGGACAUCCUGGACAGCUUGGAAGGCCCGGACCACCUGAACCUAAAGUAUUCUUGAGGACCCAAGAGCGGGGGGUCAUCAAAAUGGAGGCAGGUGUUGAGGAAGAAGAUUUUGAGGAAGAAGAGUGGGAGUACCUGGAUGAGACAGAGGUGUAUUUGCGUUCCAAGUUCUUCGAGUCUUGGCUGUGGAUGGAUGUUGAACUGCCCAGUCAGGCCGACAGAGAUGGGCUGGCAUUGAAGAACAUCGAUCAGGCCUUACCUGACAGCAUCACAGAGUGGGGCAUCAUGGCAGUCAGUGCAUCACCUCAUACAGGUUUCUGUGUUGCGGAGCCUUACAACGUCAAAACCUGGAAGCAUUUCUUUGUGGACCUGAAGCUGCCAUACUCAGUGGCAAGGAACGAACAGGUCGAGAUCAAAGCUGUGGUCCACAACUAUGGAGACGAGGACCUGCACGUAAGGGUGGUGCUAAUGAAGACAGAAGACAUCUGCAGCGUUGCUUUCAAGGAAAGUCACACACAGGAAGUGACACUGGCGGCUGGCUCUUCUGUGGUAGUGCCUUACACCAUUGUGCCAUUGGUGGUGGGUAAACUUCCUCUGGAGGUAAUGGUGGUUGGCAGAGACUUGAUGGGAGGAGACCGUGUCCAGAAAUCUCUACGGGUGGUGCUGGAUGGAGUUCAAAAGACUGAAGUGUGGAGUGCAGUGUUGAACCCGUCUGCUGAGGGAGGAACGCAGACUGUUCGUGUCGGCAAGACUGAACUGGAGUCAGUUGUGCCGAACUCUGUGCCAGAGACUUUCAUCAAUGUCAGAGGCAAUGUGUUGGCAGACAGCAUAGACAAUUCCAUCAGCGAGGACUCUCUGGCGUCUCUGAUCCGGAUGCCUGGCGGAUGUGUGGAGCAGAACUUGGCCUCCAUCACGCUGCCGCUCAUUGCUACCCUCUACCUAGAGCGGACCGACAACUGGCAGAGUGUAGGGGUGCAGCGCAAGGCCGAGGCUAUCCGAUACAUCCGGAGAGGUUACGAGAACCAGCUGGUAUACAGAAAGAGUGAUGGUUCUUACCCACCCUACAGAGGCGAAGGUGCAAGUACAUGGAUCACAGCGUACGUGGUGAAGGUGUUCUCCAUGGCUCACUCCAUCGUCGGCAUUGACGAGCAGCAAGUGUGUGACCCUCUGCUCUACCUGGUGAAGAACAAACACCGACGUACGGAGGGAAGAUUCGUAGAGAGCAACCCAGUUUACACCACCACCAUGACUGGCGGUCUCCGUGGCAAGGAUCCAGAAAUAACACUGACAGCAUUCGUCCUCAUAGCACUUGCUGAGGCCAAGCAGGCAGGCAUCCAAUGCAGCACUCCAGAUGUGAACAUGGAGUUUGCAAUCCGUAACACGGCAGAUUACCUGCAGAAGGCUCUGUUGGUGAAUGGGAGGAGACCCUACACGGUGGCCAUCUCCGCCUAUGCUCUGGCUCUGGUGGAUCCUAAACGCUACAAUUCAUUAGAAGCAUUACUGAGAGCCGCAGUUCGAGGUGGCAGUCACUGGCCUGAUAGGGAAAACACCUUGUUCACACUGGAGGCGACCGGCUACGCUCUUCUAGCUUUGGUCAAGUUGGGACGUUUGGAGGACGCUGCAGCACCAUUCAAAUGGCUGAACAGCCAGAGAAGAAUAGGAGGAGGCUUCGGAUCCACUCAGUCCACCAUGGUGGUGCUUCAGGCUCUGUCAGAGUACCUAAUCAACAAACCUCCUCCUGAUGACGUCCAUCUGAAUGUGGACGUCAAGUUAACAGGACGCAAGGAAAUCCGCUACCAUUUUAAUCAUCAGACUGCAUACGCUGCUCGCUCUUCUAGGUUACCUGCAAACCUGGAUUUGGAAGUUGUUGCUCAAGGAAAUGGACAAGGAAUACUGGAGGUUGUGACCUAUUACAACCAACUGCAUGAGGUGGACGAGAAAAUUCCCUGCAAGGAUUUUGAGCUCAACGUUACUAUUGACGAAUCUACCGAAAAGCCUCCGGCAGAUGUAGAAAAAUCCUAUCAGAUCACCAUCAAAGUGAGGGCUUUAGGACCCCGAGAUGUCAGGAUGGUGGUUCUCGAUAUCAGUCUGCCAACCGGCUUCACCCCAGAAAACUCCGACCUGGAAAUGUUGUCCAACUCAGUGGAUCGUUACAUCAAUAACUUCCAGAUUGUGGACAACCUGAGUGACAGAGGCUCCUUGAUCAUCCACCUGUUCAAGGUUUCCCACAAAGAGCAGGAGAUCCUGACCUUCAAGCUCCAGCAGAGAUUCAAAGUCGGCCUCCUCCAGCCGUCCUCCGUGACUGUCUAUGAAUAUUACAACCCAGACCACCGCUGCAGUCGCACCUACACUCCCAGGGAGGACCAGGAGGAGAUCACCAAGAUCUGCAGAGACAACGUCUGCCGCUGCACGCAAGGUGACUGCUGCAUCUUCAAAGCUGACAGCGAAAAUUUCCCCAACAAAGCAAGGGAGACAUUUGCCUGCAAGAGCUUACACCACGUUUUCCAGGUGAAGAUGUUGAGCGUGACCCACAGCUACUACGACAAAUACGAGAUGGAGAUUAAACAAGUUAUCAAACUGGGCGUGGAGGGUGGAGUUGAAGUGGGCCAGAAAAGGUUCUUCAUGUCUCACGGAGGCUGCAGAGAUGGACUCAGCCUGAAGGAGGGCUCUGAGUAUCUCAUCAUCGGUCCCAAAGAUGACCAGUGGACCAUCGAUCCUGACACCGGCAGGUUCAUCUACAUGUUGGGGAAGGACACUUGGGUGGAGCGCUGGCCUUCGGCUGCAGAGUGCUCCAGCAAUCAAAGCCUUCGGGCGAAAUGCAGCGGCCUAGAUGAUGCUGCACGUGAACUGUCUGUCAAUGGCUGCAGGCAGUAGAGGCUCAGGGUCAGCUGUAGCCCACCGUUUCCGUGUGCUAGCUCUGUGAAAAUGGGAACUGAAAGUGGAGCCAGUUAUCAGAACGAACUUGCAAAAUUUCAUCUACUGGGAAAAUAUAUUAAGAAUGAGGAAGGACUAAAGGCUGAAGACAGAAAAAGUAUGAUUUAUAUCACUGUUGAGUAGAUAAUAAUACCAAAUGUGGCUGUUUUAAAACUUUUAAGUGAAGUUGGCUUGAGUCUGACUGCUUGCAGAUACUGGAAGUAAGUUCUCUGAGUGACCUUCAGGAACAGGAAUUGUCGACUGAAAAAAACAAGAAAAAAAAGGAGCCAUGUGUGCGAGUCCUGGCUGUAGCAGGAACAGAAAGAUUAGCUGAACAACGUGACAUAAAGAUUACUGCUUAAAACAAACCCGAUGCGUAAACCAUAAAUAUUAAGCGGAACUUGCACUUAUGUUGUUUGUGUUAAGUCUGUGUGGUUUCCUGAUUCUUUUACUGGACUGCUUCUCGGAAAUAUAUAUAUCACUGGCCACAACAUUAGUUACACUAAAGAAACAUCCAUUUUAACAGUCCUCCGGUAAAGGUUAGGGGAUCAGCAUGUAUUUAAAUUGAAUUACAGAGCUGUUGAUUCAGCUGCUGCAGUUUGUUGUGUUGUUGAAAGUCUUAGACCAACAUAUGUUUCUGUUGUUUUAUUUAGUGGAUUCUGAUUAAUUUAAUCAACUUUAACAGCACCGCAAACUAAAUCAUCCAACAUAUGAUCAUCAUAUGGUUGAAUUACCACCUUUCUGUUGCUGUUUCAACAUCCACCAUCCUCCAUCUAUUAGGACAGUCAUGAUGGGGGAUUUAGUGCAGGAUUGCUCUAUUAGAAUGCAUGUGUUUUCACCAGUGCACCUAAUGGAAGUGGCCGGCGAGUGUAUGUAAUUGCUUCUUAGCUGUUUCAAUAAAAUAAAGUAGUUAUUCCGCGACA